AUGCCUAUCCUAUCACUAUCCUCAACACGGGACAACGUGUUUGCAAAAAUAUACGAUUAUCUCAAGGUAUUAGUUCAACAGGUGAUUGUGCCCCAUUUAGAGGAUGAGAAGUCGCAAAAACGUACUCCUUCCGUCAAAAGUGAAGCCACCAUACAGGAACACUCUCACAAAGACUAUUCUGCUCCCAAAGAUCCCAAAGAGAGCGACCCGAGUGAUGUUUGCCAGUUAUUUCCCAGCCAGAAUAACAAUCAGUUGAGCGUGACGUCAAAAUCAUCAGUUGUUCCUUGCGCUUUGAACUUUGAAAGCCUGCAAACACCCUUUUCUAUUGACGUGGAUGAAAACGGCACCGUAAGAACGCAAUUGAACUUGGGUGAAACAAUUUCACAGGGUCCUAUUAACAAUGACCUAACAAAGUCACAGAAUGAUUUGUUAAGCUCACCCUUACUCGAUGAAUCCUACAUAAAUAAUGAACAGUAUAAAGCCCUUUUCCCCUCUAGCUUUCUUCCGAUAACACCUAUAAGUAAUGUGAUUACCCCUGCAUCAAAGAAAAGUGUUGACAACUCUCCGCUAUCCGAUGGCGUUCAGGGUGCUACCCACGAAUCGUCCGAAACUUUGCCAUACAUAUGCCACUACUGUGAUUCCAGGUUCCGAAUUAGAGGGUACCUAACACGGCAUAUAAAAAAGCAUGCCAAAAGGAAAGCUUACCACUGUCCAUUUUUUGAUGGCAGUAUCUCACAAGAGUUGCGCUGCCACAAUUCAGGUGGGUUCAGCAGAAGAGAUACGUACAAGACACACCUGAAAUCUAGACACUUCAACUAUCCAGAAGGUAUUAAGCCUCAAUGCCGUAACAAAUCUUCUGGAGCGUGUGCUCAAUGCGGAGAGUAUUUUAGCAGCAGUGAGAGUUGGGUGGAAACCCACAUUGAAGCUGGAAGUUGCAAGGGGUUACCAGAAGGAUACUCAGAGAGAAUACGAGAGAAGAAGAAGACGUCCAAAAUGAAAAUGAUAAAGACCUUAGACGGCCAAACAAGAUUCAUUUCUUCAGAGGAAAGUGUUCUUGAACCAAGAGGGUUACUAAAUGGAAAUCCCACGGAAGCAGCAGUAAUAAAUGCCAAGCAGUCCCACAGAGACGACACCCUGCCGACAAAAACAGGGGGAAAUGAAAUCGCUACGAACACUCAAUGGUUCGAACACAAACAAAUCCCCAAACCUUCGCAAACUACAACGAAAUUAGAAUCACAGGUAACUACGGAUAUUCAAAACUCCAAAAAUGCGCCAAUUAUAUCUCCCCCCAUCAUGUCACCUCAAGACACAUCUCUUGUAGCCCAGGAAUAUCAAUCAUCAAAAUAUACACUACAUAUGGGCUCCCCAGCCUUAUCCUCCGUUUCAUCAGCAUUAUCUCCACUUUCAGGGGACCCAAUCGCAAGUGCGGAAUCAGACAAACUAUACCCAUUAGACUCGGAGCAAUCGUUUUUAGAAUCGGACGGGAUGGACGAGCACACAAUUGGCCACCUACAGAAGAGUAACAUGAUCUCCAUAAACGAGAUAUUAGAAAAGCAAAUGAAUUUCGAGUUACUAGGGCGAAAUCACUUGAAGGAAACGCAAGAUUAUUUAGCUUUAUACAAGAAGGCUAGUGGGGCCGAAUUUUAG